AAGUCCACUUAAAGCUGUCAAGUUUGAAGAGCCCCCUGAUAUAAGGCAACAGUGGUGGUGUGUACAUGGGGAGGGGGAGAUAAGCCAAAUUGCAGAAACCUGUGCCACAACUUUGGGGAUGAUGUAACUUGAAGAUAACCCGGUUGAAGACCUUCACCUCCUUUUAUUUUAUGGAUCUCAUUUCUUUAUAAGUACCCAGAGGUGACCCUAUCUAAUACUCCCUUGCUCCUAUUUUCCCCACAACGACACUGCAAGGUGGGUCUGGCUGCUUUUCCUGCUUGAAUCAGAACAAGAACUCACAGCCGCCCGCUUUUUUCUAAGCCAGCACCUGAACCACAAACUGGCUCUAAAGUGAUCCGUCCUGACAACCCGGGCAAAAAGAGAGCCCGCAUUGCGGUAUCCAAGCGGGGAAAGAAAAGCUCUUUUCAACGUUCCGGGUUGGGUUGAUGCAGAAGGGCGAGGGCGGCUUCCCUCGUCGCUUUAUAGGGGGAAGCUGGCGGCGGCGAUUUGCCACCUUCCGAAGCCGCAGCGGGGAGGAAGGAGGCGAGGCCUCCGCCGCCUCCCUUCCAUUCUCGCACGAAGAGCGGGUCUUUUGGAGGAGGCGGCGGCGGCGGCGGCGUUAGUCCAUGGCCGAGAGAAACAGCUCGGGACCCGGCAGCCGGGAAGCCAGCGAUCCGAGAAAGGGCUCCAAGACCGAGCUGAAGGCGGUGGUGGUGGGUGACGGCGGCUGCGGGAAGACUUCGCUCCUUUUGGUGCAUGCCAAAGGCGCUUUUCCCGAGCAAUAUGCCCCUUCGGUCUUUGAAAAAUACACAACCAAUGUCACCCUGGGGAAAAAAGAAGUCGUCUUACAUUUGUAUGAUACUGCAGGACAAGAAGAUUAUGAUCGCUUACGGCCACUCUCGUACCAAAACACUCAUGUGGUUUUGAUUUGCUAUGAUGUCAUGAAUCCUUUUAGUUUUGAUAAUGUAUUAAUCAAGUGGAUCCAGGAAGUGAACCACUUCUGCCGCGGAAUCCCCAUCCUCUUGGUGGGUUGUAAAACUGAUCUCCGGAAAGACAAAGAACACCUCAAAAAGCUCCGUUCUGCUCAACAGGAACCGAUCACUUACAAGCAGGGUGAAGAAGCCUGUUGCCGGAUCGGUGCCAGCAUGUACCUCGAGUGUUCAGCCAAGUUUCGGGAAAACGUUGAGCCCAUUUUCAGUGAAGCGGCUAGCAUAGCUUUGAACGCCAUCAAGAAGGCCAAACGCCAGAACAAAUCAAGGCCUUGCGUCCUCUUAUGACGACAUGAAACUGGACAGAGGAAGAGAGUUAACUGUUCUUCUUCCUUCCAUGAUAUCCAAGGAAGCAUUUGUAGGUUUCCGUCUGGACUUGAAAAGAGACUUUACAUUUGGAUUGUAACAGGAGGAGAAACUUCUUUAUUAACUUCUGCUUUGGCAGCCAGUGGUGAGAAGUUUCACUAGGAUGCAGCUUUUCCUUUCCCAGGUUUUUUUUUUUUUACUUCCAGAAGAUCACUUGCUACUUGCCAUUUUUUAAAUAACAAUUUUUAAAAAGCCUCUUAUGUCAUAGCAGAAUUACCUAAACGAAGGAAGUGAUCUUUUUCAAUAAACUUUUCAAGGUGCACGCUGGAGUUACAUAACAUAAUAAACCAUAGAGUUUGCUCUAUUUUGGUUUAAUGCAAUAUUUCUCAACUGUGGCAGUGUGAAGACCCGUGGACUUCAACUCCCAGAAUCCCCCACUCACUUUGGGAGUUGAACUCUCCACAUCUUCAUGUCACCAUGGUUGAGAAAUGCCGAUUUAAUGCACCGUUUCCAUGUGUUGCACUAUAGCUUGCAGACUGUGGUUUAUGACUUAAGGUUGCUAUUAACUUAGCUGAGUGUGCUUUUUCAGCCAACUUUAGUUAAAAUAAACCAUCAUUCAGUAUGAUGUAUGAAUGUAACUCUUGUCAUACUUCCUUCUGUAGUAAGCUAGAUAAAAAUAGACAGUCCAAUAGUUAAAAUAUAGUGUGGCUGAGAUUUAUUAUUUAGGUAUAGUAAACCCCAAUUCAAUUGGGAGAUUCAACCACCAACUCCUGAAGAAAUGAUUCACAAUUUGCCCUGCUUCUUGUGCCUAUAUGGAUUUCUUUAGGUCGUUUCUUACUAUUUCAUAAGGAAUAGCUACCUCGAAAUAUGCCUUUAUACCUGAUGCUGUGCCUUUAAACUAUUUCUAGUUGACAGUUGGACUCUUUAUGUCAAUUUUCCAUGUUUCUGUCUUGGUAAUGCUCUGAACUGUACUUUAAAAUAUUUUUUU